GGGAGCUCCAUUCCCAUGCCGUUUCAUCCCAGAAAGAAUUAGAAAAUCCCCCUAAAACCUAAACCAUCUUCGAUCUUCUCUCCAUAAACAAAAUCCAGAUCUUCGCAACAAUUAGACCAGCAUCCGAAUCUCUCUCUCUCUCUCCUCUCUCUCUCUCUCUCCAUAUAUAUACAUACACACAGACAUAUAUAUAUUCUCUUAUCUCCUAUCAAACGCGCCUAUACGAACCUUCUUCUCCAAAUCUCCAACACCGCCGUGAUUUGAGAGCUUUCUUCAACUAACAGGAAGAGGAAGUGUAUUUUUUUUUUUUAUGGGGAAAUCUGGGGGAAGGAAGAAGAAGGGUGGUUCAAACCAAGUUUCAGGGGAUAACAAUUCAACAACUCCAAGUGCUAAUGGCGGUGUUGAUUUGGACUCUUCGAUAUUUUUGAAGCGAGCCCAUGAGCUUAAAGAAGAAGGAAAUAAGAGGUUUCAGAAUAAGGACUAUGUGGGUGCUCUUGAACAGUAUGAUAGUGCUCUUAGGCUCACUCCCAAAACCCAUCCGGACCGGGCGGUUUUCCACAGCAAUAGGGCGGCUUGUUUAAUGCAAAUGAAGCCUAUUGAUUAUGAAACUGUGAUUGCGGAGUGCUCCAUGGCGCUCCAGGUUCAACCGCAGUUUGUCAGGGCCCUUCUUCGGAGGGCUCGGGCAUUCGAGGCGAUCGGGAAGUAUGGAAUGGCGAUGCAGGAUGUUCAGGUGUUGUUGAUGGCUGAACCGAAUCAUCAGGAUGCAUUGGAGAUUGCCCAGCGGCUGCGGACCGCACUUGGGCCUCGUCAGGAGGCGCAGCAAGACCUCCAUAGUCGCCCUUCCCCUGCUGCUCUUGGAGCUUCUGCAGUUCGUGGUGCUCCAAUUGGCGGACUAGGACCAUGUCUACCAGCACGACCAGUGCAAAAGAAGGGUUCUACUUCGUCAGGAUUAUCUGCUGCCUCGGCAAACAAUAAGGCAGAGAAACCUCCGACAGUUUUGCCUACUGAAAAUGGUUCUGAACCCAAGGCCCAAUUGGCAAAACUUGUACUCAAGCCUUCAAACAGUUCAACAAAACAUCCAAACUCAAGUAACCAAAAGGAAUUAUCGUCUUCUUCAUCAGUGUCAUUGCCGGCUCAUGCAGUAAUACGAUGGAGGUCAUUGAAGCUUGUCUAUGACCAUGACAUAAGACUAGCCCAAAUGCCUGUGAAUUGCAGUUUCAGAGUGUUAAGGGAAACUGUAACCAAGCGCUUUCCUUCCUCAAAGUCAGUCUUGAUUAAGUACAAGGAUACUGAUGGUGAUUUGGUGACUAUAACCUCUACUGGUGAACUUAGAUUGGCAGAGUCUAGUGCGGACAGCCAUGUUUCGAAAGAUCCUGGAACAGAUGAAGCAGAAUCAAUCGGGAUGUUGAGACUGCAUAUUGUGGAGGUGAGUCCUGAACAAGAGCCACCUUUACCAGAGGAAGAAGAGGAGAAAGUUGUAGAGAAUGAGGUGAAGGGAGAUGAGAACGGAUCUCAUUCCUCACUGGGAGAAUCUGUGUUAGAAGCUGAUGAUUCUGAAGUUGAUAAGACAGAGAAACAAGCUCCAAAGGAGAAACCAGUCGCCUCAGAAGAUCCUGAGUGCAAGGAACUAGAAAUGGAUGAUUGGUUGUUUGAGUUUGCUCAGCUUUUCCGCACCCAUGUUGGCAUCGACCCAGAUGCUCAUAUUGACUUGCAUGAGCUGGGAAUGGAGCUGUGUUCCGAGGCUCUUGAGGAGACGGUAACUAGUGAAGAAGCUCAAGGUCUUUUUGACAAGGCUGCCUCCAAGUUCCAAGAGGUGGCUGCGUUGGCCUUUUUCAAUUGGGGAAAUGUUCAUAUGUGUGCAGCGAGGAAGCGAAUUCCUUUAGAUGAAUCUGCUGGAAAGGACGUAGUAGAAACACAGCUUCAAACAGCUUAUGACUGGGUUAAGGAAAAAUAUUCCUUGGCCAAGGAGAAGUAUGAGGAAGCACUUGCCAUCAAGCCAGACUUUUAUGAGGGGUUACUGGCACUGGGGCAGCAGCAAUUUGAAAUGGCUAAACUCCAUUGGUCUUUUGCAAUUGCCAAGAAGAUAGAUCUAUCAAGUUGGGAUUGUACGGAAACGCUUAAACUUUUUGACAGUGCAGAAGAGAAGAUGAAAGUUGCCACAGAGAUGUGGGGGAAGUUGGAGGAACAAAGAGCAAAUGAACAAAAAGAUCCAAAUGCAAUCAAGAGGGAAGAAUUGUUGAAAAGAAGGAAAAAACAGGCGAGUGGAAAUGAAGGCGAAUCCUCUGGAAAUCAGGGCGAGAUUUCAGCAGAAGAAGCUGCAGAACAAGCAACAGUGAUGAGAUCACAAAUCCAUCUGUUCUGGGGAAAUAUGCUUUUUGAGCGAUCCCAAGUAGAAUGUAAACUGGGAAUGGGUGAUUGGAAGACGAAUCUGGAUGCUGCUGUCGAGCGCUUUAAGCUUGCUGGAGCUUCCGAAACAGAUAUAUCGUUGGUUCUGAAGAACCAUUGCUCCAAUGGCGAUUCGGCGGAAGGAGACAACAAGAAGGUGCAGACUCUAAAUAGUGUUGAUGAAUCAAAAAGAGAAUGAUGAGAGCAGUCAGGUGUGAUGAUAUAAUCAAUUUGCUGGUUUUCAUGAGAUACCUUCAUGUUUUCUUGUUAAUCAUGAGUGAGGUGGAAAUAGGAAAUGGGUUUUAUCAGCCAAAUGCUAGAAUACUAAAUUUUUUUUUUCUUUGGUUAUUUGAAUGUGGGUACCAAAUAUGCAAAUUGUGUACUCAAAAGAUUUUGGUCAUUUUGCUCUACAACUUUCAAGCUGACGUUUGCUCAACUUUGUUGCGAUAUUGAUUUUUGGUUAGUCAUACUUAUUCAAGAUCCAUGAGUUUUAUGAUUCGCCA